AUGCGCUCGCCGCCGCCCGUGGCCCCGCGCCAGGGCUUGAUCUCGCCCAUGGGUCCACCGCCGGUGGUGGCGUCACCGCCGGCGUCGGCCUCCGUCGCGGCGUCGAUCCUGUCGCCGCGGCUCAACUCGUCGUCGUCGUCGCUGUCGACGUCGAGCUCGGUCACGUCGCACGGCGGGCGGGAGGCGGACGAUUUCGUCGAAAGCGUCUCCAAGAAGGAGAUCAUCAGCGUCCACUGUUCCAUCGAAAAGAAGGAGAAGUAUGCGGUGGGGAGCGAGGUCGCCAUCAAGCUCAGGGUGAUCAACGACUCGACCAAGAUCAUUCGCCACGUCAACGCUUCGCUGGCCAAGAGCACGGCGGCCGAGCGACAGAAGGACGACAAGCGGCGAGAGAAGAACAAGAGCCUUCCCAAGUUUGAAGGCUCAGAUGAAAUGAUCUCCUUCACCAACUCCAAAUUCCCUCUCGAAAAAGGACUGUUCGACGGUAUGCUGAGCUACAAGAUUCCGGCGUGCAAGGAAGGGUCGUACGACAACCACAAGGUGGAGCUGGUGAUCGAGCUGGCCCUCAAGAAGUCCGCCAUCUACGCCUUCUUGCCGAUCAACCUGUGA